AUGGCAGCGCCUACUCAAGAUCUCGUUUCGUUUCCUAUUGUUUGCGAUGGAUAUCCAGAAUUAAUUUUCGAUUUGGCAGGAACCGACGAUGUGCAACUAUUGACCGAAUUCAUCAUGAAAGAGUUCUUUCAUCGAUUCCCCUUGAAAGACAAUUGGGACGUUGAAAAGGAAUUGCGACCUUGGAUAGGGCAGUACAUCAGUCACGUUUGCUCCAAGGGUGUCUCCAUCAUUCUUCGUGAUACCAACAAUAAUAAUCGAAUAGCCGCUGCAGCCAUCAACGACAUCGACUACAAGAAUCGACCGGAAGAUGAUAUUAGUUUGGUUUCGUUUGCUGAUCCUAUCGAGCGCCCUGGGUGGCAAAACAUUUGUGAUCUACUGGAAAUACUUCACGAAGGGAUGAACUUGGAUGGCGAUCCAGUCCUGUCUAUCGACCUGAUGACCGUGGGCCAGGACUACGCUAAACGUGGGCUAUCGACCCAAUGCACAAAACUCACGGUUAUGCUAGCCAAAUGCAAGGGAUUGCAAUCGAUUAAAGUUGAAGCUGUCAGCGAAUUUAUGGCUCACGUACUUGCCAAGGGCGGCUUUCAAAUGAUCAAGGAAAUCGAUUACAACCGAUUGGAAAUUAACGGAAAGAUGCCGUUUGCCACGGAGGAUAUACAUCGAUACGCACGGCUAUACAUUUUAAAAAUCGCGGACUAAAAAUUAAGUACCACUAACCUUCAAUCAAGCACGUUUCAUCAAUUUGAUUGGCAAGCCCCUAAUUGUACUGUCAAAAUUGUAUUGAACAUGUCAAUUUACGCAUUAAAUGUUGAUGAUCGUA